AUGGAAAUCAAUGAUUCAAUUGAGCUAAAAUCAAACUUUAAACGAGCUCAUAUUGAGUUUCUAGCGAAACAUAAUGAAGAAAUUGACAAGGUAGUCUUGGAAAAUGCUCCUGAAAAUCAUCAAAUGACUAAACUGGACAUUCAAAAAGAAAUAGCAAAUGCUGCAGCAAGUGAAACUCUAGAUGCUAUUCUUAAAGAUCUUGGAGACUCGUCAUUUGCUAUCCUAGUUGAUGAAGCUCAUGAUAUAUCUGUUAAAGAACAAUUGGCAAUUGUUUUGCGAUAUGUAGAUAAGAAGGGCCAUGUGAUUGAACGUUUUUUAGGCAUUACACAUGUUAGCAAUACCACGGCUGCAGUAUUGAAGAUGGCAAUUGAGGAUGUGGUGGCAUAUAAUACGGUUAUUCGUGCUAUUGGUCUUUCGGAGGGUGUGGAUUGUUCAGUUCGGGUAUUUAGGGAAAUGAGGGACUUGGGUUGUAAGCCUAAUGUUGUGACUUAUAAUACAAUUAUAAAGCUGUACUGUGAAAAUGGGAGAUAUAAAAAUGCUUAUGAGUUGCUCGAUCGAAUGCAUGACUGGGGUUGUGUAACGGAUGUGAUUACAUACAACUGCAUUUUCAGGAGUCUUGAGAAGCCCAGGGAGAUUCUUCGACUGUUUGAUAGGAUGAUUGAAAGUGGGGUUCAUCCACGUAUGGACACUUAUGUGAUGCUUCUGAGAAAAUUUGGGAGAUGGGGGUUUCUUCGUCCAGUUUUUAUUGUAUGGAAGAAUAUGGAGAAACUUGGGUGUAGUCCGGAUGAGUCUGCUUACAAUGCUUUAAUUGAUGCUUUGGUGGAGAAAGGAAUGUUAGAUAUGGCCCGGAAGUAUGAUGAAGAGAUGUUAGCAAAAGGGCUUUCAGCUAAACCAAGGGCUGAGCUGGGGCAGAGCGAAGGAUCUCUUCAUUCUCUUGACAGGGAUUUGUGA